AUGGGUGAAGUCUACGGCGAUCAUGUCUCGUUCACCAUUUCAAGACUCUAUUCAAUUCGCGAGCAGCUUUCCGUGCCUGAGACCUUCACCACUGCUUGCUUGGAGCUCACUAGGUGGUGUUCAGACCAACGAGCAUUUACACCCCAGUACGAAGAGAAUCUUCUUUUAAGCCUUCAGGACGCGAUGGAGCACGGCACAAAAGAAACGGGCAAUUUUGAUCUGACCCAACAGCUCAUGACAACUUGUUUCCAGCAUCGCAAACAUCUCUCGAAGCCUUCAGCAACAAGAAUCAGCCGAUGGCACGAACAACUGCGGCGGCUUAAGAAGAACGGUGGCAAGCGACGACGUGCACCUGCGAGGUCGACGGCUACUGCAACUGCCGCUGCCGCUGGUCCAGUUCCGGUCGCCGUCCCCAUCGCACCCAACCAAAUUCAACCAAUGCUUUUCGAGAACAGCAAUAUCAAUGAUGGGUGA